AUGUCAUCCCAUGUGGAUCCAUGUGGCCUGAUGUGGCCUGAGAUUGGUGGAAUGCUACAUGUGGCACAGGACACAGAGCACUGGUUUUUGCAUGCAAUUAAGUUUGCUACAGGCUCGGCUUCUGACAGGCUUCUGACAGGCUACUUGGAGCCCCACACCACCCACCAAGCUGGAUCUCGAAAAGCCAGGACAAUCAAAUUGGCCUCGAAGAGCCCAGAGAGAGAGAGGGAGCGCAUGUCACGCAAGCUGCCGCUGCUGCAAGUUCUUGCGAACUGUCACGAAACGUCGACACGUCGAGACAAUUCGAAUUAUCAGUUUCGCACGAAUGCUUCAGAACUCCUGUUGUACAUUACAGCCUCUCACCGUAGCCAUCACAGCGCCGUGGCAUGGCCGGUUCUUUGGCUGCUGAUGGGCUGCCAAGAAGCUUCAUCUCUGGCUGCUUUCAAAGAUGCACCUCCCCAAGGAGAACUGUUCUGCGAGAAGCUUCGCCAAGCCUUGGAAUCACACCCGGUUGGCAGUGCCGCCUUUAAUCAGGUGGACAUCUCGAAGGUAGCCAUGCUGCCAGCAUGUGUAGACUACCUGUUCAGGAUAUUGCGGGAGAAAUGCGUCCGUGUUGAACGGUUGAAAGCAUUUGACUGUGGACUUGAUGACUCUGCCUCGCGAACCAUGGCUGAAUGGAUCAACUCAAUGCCGGCAGACAACUUGCCCAGUGAGCUGCAUUUGUCGCACAAUCGGAUCACUCCAAGCGGUUUCCACAAUUUAGUUCAGGCCAUUGAAUCCAAAUGGAUGCAGCUGACAUCAAGAAGGCCACCAGUCUGGCUGCGUGUCGAAGGAAAUGGUGUGGAUGAUUCUGCCAUUUGUGGUUUGGUCACAACUGGGCGUGCUGUUCUCGCAGCUAGUUUGAGGGCUCCGGAACGUCAGAAUGGCACUGUGGAAAGCUCAGCCCACCUUGCCACCUUGCCACCAAGCUCUCAGAUGAAUUCAGACAAGAUGAAGCUCUAA